AUGCGCUCCGCUGCACCUACAACCAACUCUCCUCCCCGGAGAGCUCUCCACGAGCGCAGCCCCUCUCAUGCGAACGAGAACUCCCCGCCUGCAUCCUUGCGCGCCGUCAGCGACAGGUACAAUGAUCAGGAAGAACCCGAUGUUUACUCGGCCACGCCCUACCCGACCAAGCCCGAGCAGAUCCUCCUGCCGCGACCCGGGAAGGGCCAAGAUUUCAUCCCAGAUUCCCGGUUCCAUCUCGAUGAAGCACCGGACCACUAUGCGGGGAACACAUCCACGGAGAUCAGCCACAUUGCGGAUAGUAGUCUGAUCGACCAGUCGCUGAGCGAUCCCUGGGACUUGUCUUCCACGUUCGAUGCCGCAAACACCCCGUCGCAGGUCUGGGAGGAUGAUCCGUCUUCAAGCAAGUCUUCAUUCCCGGACCCGGAGCUUCACGACCACAAGCCCAUCGACCAGAAAUCGGAUGAGGGUUCCGUCGCCGCGUAUUCGGAUGAGGAGCCUAACACCCUGCCCAGGGCCGCCCCGACAAUCAAGACGAUCGUGUCGCAGACCCCGUCACGGAACCCAUCUGGCCCGGAGACAGUUGCGUCCAGCAACUCCAGCCCCAAUGUGGUGCCCAUUGGGCCGCCUUCCAGUCCCAACUUCGUGGCGCUCGACAGUUCGAGUCUGAACUUCAUUCCUCUUGGGGCAUCUUCCAAUCCGGGCUCCGUCACGCGUUCGAACUCCCUGUCCUCGUUAAACUCUUUGGGAACGGUGAUCCGAUAUAUCGGAGCCGCUCAAUGGACACAUGGGUCGUCUUCGGAACAAUCCAGCUCGCGCUCACGUUCGCAGUCGGUCCGCUCCAACCCCCCCUACCAGGUACCUUCGCUGCGAUCCAAUUCCAUCCAAGCGCGGGAACGGAGCCACUCCCGCUCGGUCACCUCGUCGCACUCCCGCUCUCUCACUUCAUCAUCCCGAAGCGGACCACCCUCGGACAUCCAGGCCAUCGUCGAUAGCGGGGUGUUCAUCCAAUACCCGACCAUCCAAGCCCCGUCAUCAUCGAGCUCCAGAGUGGACGUGUCAAACUCGGAAGAUGCGUUAGAUUCUAAUCCACAGGAACCUACGGGGGAUUAUUCUUCAGAGCGCUUCAAAUCUCACCUAUCAACGGUCCCUUCCAUGUGGUCCGCCGAAUGUGAUUCCAGGAGCAUUUCCCCGGCCGCGGAUUCUUUCGACAAUAGUCAGGGGGAGCCCAAACGGCCUUCUGCGGCGCUAGUGCGCCAGAGACCAACGUCAUCUUCGAUGUGGUUAGUGAAUGAUUCGGACGGCGACGAGCAAAUGGACAACAUCUCUAGCUUGCCGGCACGCCCCUCCAACCCGGCGGUGCCCUGCAGCGUUUCCUCGGAGUCGAGACGGAGCAGCAUGCGGAGUAACAUGCGUCCUCCCACCAGUGGAAGCUUUUCCUUCCACGUCCUGCCGAACUGGGCCAAGAUGUAUUAUCGCUCCGACGAGCAAACUGCGGACUCGGUCUUAUCUGCAGGCGAAGCGAGUCGUCCACCAUCUGCGCGCGCCUCCACCUCCCACACGAAUGCUCUCCACCGCAUGCCGACAGCUGCUAGCCGGGCGAGGACGUUCACCAGCGAAAUGCGAGAAGUGCGGUGGAAGCCUGACCCGCGCGACCCGCGGAGCCACUGGGUCAGGGAACCCGAACCACAGAGCCGGGAGGCGUCUCGUCAUCGACUGCGGCACAGCUGGUCCCCACAUCUAUUCCCCGACAGGCGCGCUGUUAAUCCCCGGAAAGGUACUUGGGGCGCGCCAUCGUUGGAUUCUCGGACGGAGCCUCUGCUUGGUCGCAGAAACAUCCAAGUGUGGUCGUUCUGCGUGGGCUUUGUUUUUCCGCUUGCCUGGUUAAUCGCAUCAUUCCUCCCUCUCCCGAAGAAACCGGACACGAUUCCGGAGGAGGACGUUGAAUCCCAACUCGAAAUGACGCUUCGGAUGCGAUUGUUCGACCUGGAAAGAAGACGAUAUGAAAACGCCCGCUGGUGGAGAAAGCUGAACCGCUGGAUGAACCCACUAGGGCUGGUGAUUAUCACCAUCGUCGUCACCUUGGCUGUUGUGGGCACAACAGUGGGCUUCUAG